AUGGAGACGCCAAUGCGCAUGAGCGGCGGCGCUGCGGAUCAUCUACUGGCACGUACCUCAGAACACUCUCCUUCGAUCGCAACAUGCACGUCUCCCCUAGACGGAGCUAGUCUAAGGUUGCUUGUGCUCCAGAAAGCAGACCGGAGCGGGACGCAGAUCAUCUAUAUCCUCCCGUCGUCGCUCAUUGCUGUCCCUGUCGGUGGCGAAGUCAACCAGCAGUUCAAGAAAGCAGCCGAAGCGCUGGACGCGAAGUUGCAGAACUUGGUGCCACAGAUGGCAUGUGUAUAA